UCGCAGCUGCUACGAGAGCGACACGUUGAAUGAGCAGAUGUGUCAAAUGUCAAAGGAUAAUUGCUUUGAACGAGACCAGCGUCUGAUAAUUCAUACAGAGCUUUACAGACGAUUCCAGUGAUACAAGUAGCACUUGACUGUGCGGCCCCGACGGAUCCGGUCCGGUCCGAUCACGCCAAGGGAGUCCGAGUCAUGGAAAAGUUUGCAAUGAGUUUCGGGGCUGGCCCCAGCAGGAAGGAGCUUCUGGAAACGCUCGAGUCCCAGAAGAAGCAGCUGGCCCAGUACCAGAGCCGCUUCAAGGAUGUGGUCCACGCGUACAAGAGUCUGCUGAAGGAAAAGGAGGCCCUGGAGGCCAGUCUCAAAGUCUUGAGCACGUCUCAGGAUGCAGACGUACACGGGCGGCUCUGCGGGCAUGUUGUCGUCCAACAGGACUGCGGAGACGGUGCGGAAGCCCAGCCAACGGCCAAGGAUGUGCCAGAGAAAAAUGCGCCAGAAGCCGCACGUGCCGACGAAGUAGCGGCGCCUCGGGACGGGGAAGCGGAACACGCAAAGGUUCAGUUGAGGAGCCAAGUGGGCACACUCACCAGUGCGCUGGCCACCGUGACGCAAGAGAAGUCUCGCAUGGAGGCCAGCUUCCAGGCCGACAAGCGGCAACUCAAGUUGGAAGUGGACCACCUGCGGGAGCGCCUCGUCGCCGCGGGUGCGCAGCAGCAGGCCGAGGUCCGCGACCUGCAGCUGCAGCUGGCGGAGAGCCGCGCUCGCGUCAUCACGCAGCAGCACGAGCGCGAGCAGGAACAAAGCGACCAGUUGCAGCAGCUGCAGGAGCUGCAAAAGAUCCUGCAGCACGAGCGGGACCUGCGACAGGACGCUGAGCUGCGGCUGCACGAGGCCAACUUCCUGGCGGCGGCGGCGCACGCCGUGGACGGCGGGGCCGAAUCGGAGGUGCUCCUGAGCCAGGCCGGCGAGGAGCGCGAGCAGCUGAGGAGUAAACUGCGUCCCGCCGAGGAGCGACAAAAGCAAGCGGAUCCCGGGACAGAGGGCUUACGACAGGAGCUGAGCCAGCUCAAGAACACCCACCAGGACCAGAUCCAACAGCACAAAGAUGAGAUGUGUCGGGAGGAGGCGCGCGCUCACGCCGCAGAGCUGCGGGUGGGCGCUCUGGAGCAGCGCGUGUCCGAGCUCUCGGACCUUCUGGGUUCUUGCGAGAGGGCGAGGCAGCGAGAGCAGCAGGCGGCUCAGAGGCUUCGAGAAAGGAUGGCGCAGUUGGACGCCGAGAACCAAACGCUGGUCUCCAGCAGGUGUCCGGAUGACUCCCAGCUGGACCUGAAGGACAAGUUGGAGAAGGUGAAGAAGCUGCUUCUGGCCGCCCAGAAGAACCCGCUCGGCGAGCCGGAACCGGUGCGAGACGCCGCCAGCCAGGAGGAGCUGCGGCAGCUCAAGGAUGAGUUGGAGCGCUACAAGCUUCGAGCCAAGGCGACGCCCAAGAGCGGCGACAACAACGCUGCCAAGGAGGGCUGCGCGGCCCGCGAGCUGGAGGAGGUCCGUGAGCAGUUGGCCGACCUCAGGGAGAAGUACAUCGGCUUGCGUGUGGAGAGCGACAAGGCGGCAGCCGCGCAGCAGCGCCAGCUCCAGGAGCAGCAGCAGCACGCGGCGGCGCUGCUGCGCUGCCAGCGCCAGGAAGCCGAGCGCAACCAGACGCUCCACCGCGACCAGCUGCUGCGUCUGGAGGCUGAGCUGCACAAACAGCGGGAGCGGACCGUGGCUCUGCUGGGCGACAAGGACCGGGAGCUGGAGCUCCUGCGAGCCGCCACCAAAUCCCUGACUGAAGAGGACGUCAGCGCCCAGGAAGUGGAGUGGGAGGGGGAGAAGCAGGCGGACGUGAUGGCGCGAGCCCUCCGGCAUGCCGCGCCCGCCCAGCCCGCGCUCCUCCUUUACGCCGAGCAACUGGCCCGAAAGGAAGUGGAGGCGGCGGGCCUGAGGCGGCAGAAGCGCCAGCUGGAGGAGGACAUCCGCCGGCUGCACGGCAAACUGGCGGCCGGCGCCCAACGCCAUGACGACGAGAUGUGCCAACUUCGAGCGCAGCUGGACCAGCUGAACCGCGAGCACAAGCGCGAGGGCUCCAACGUGGAGUACCUGAAGAACGUCAUCUACAAGUUCCUGACGCUGCCCGACGCCAGCGGCAGGCGGCAGACGCUCAACGCCAUCCUCAGCAUCCUUCACUUCAGUCCGCAGGAGAAACAUUGUGUCCUCAGGCAGCAGGGAGCGCCAUGGUGGAGCAGCCACACCAGAUGAUGUGUUUGCAAAUGAACGUGUCUCUUUUUUUCCCCGCCAGUUAGAUGGCAAUAAAUGUUGACUUGUCAAUGGGGACUUGAUGGAUUCCUUUCCUCCAGGUGGUCAUUGGAGCACCUGUGCGUGACCUUUCCCGCCGCCUUACGUUCACCGACCUGCCGUGCGUGCGUGCGUGCGUGCGUCAUUGGGCCUCGAGCACGUCUCGCAGGUCUUGGGGCAGCGAGCUCACGAUGGUGGCGAUCAACGAUUCCAGUCGCUUGAAAAUGUCAUCUCUCGGCUGCCCUCGCUGCCUCGCGGCUUUCGUCUGAAAAGCAGGCACAAGUCUGAGCUACUAUCAACCGGAUCCAAAUGUCGCCCGCACACCUCGUUUGAGGCUGAGGGGGCCUCCCGAGGAGGGCAGCAAAGCGGUCACCCCACCCACACGUCACCUCGCUCGCUAAUAAACAAGCUGGCAAUUUGACAAA